AUGGCGUACCGGAAGCUCGGGAGCUCCGAGCUGCGGGUCUCCGUCUGCUCCUUCGGCGGCGCGAACUGGGCCGCGGAGCUCAUGGGCGUCUCGCACCAGGGCCUGGGCGAGCGGCGGGCCAUGAUCUUCGAGAUGCUCGACCUCGCCUACGCGCGCGGCGUCACGUUCUUCGACAUGGCGGAGCAGUACCCGCCUGUGUACCCGUCGAUCACGGGCGGCGGCUACUCCGAGUUCGUCUUCGGCGAGUGGCUCCGCGUGCGCGCCAUCGACCGCGACUCCGUCGUCAUCUCCACCAAGGUCGCGGGCGACGGCGGCAACUCGAGUUUGGCGUGCCGCUACGACGUCCUCGGGCGGCCCUUCGCGCCCGGCGAGCCCGUCCCGAAGAAGGCGAAGCUUUCGAAAGUACAAAUUAUCGACGCCUGCGACGCGUCCCUCAAGCGCCUCGGCGUCGAAACCAUCGACCUCCUCGAGACGCACUGGCCGAGCCGCUACGUGCCGAAGUUCGGCGAGACGGGCGCGCGCUACAACCGCGCGCUGGAGCACGCCUUCGUGAGCUUCGAGGAGCAGCUCGACGCCAUGGCCGAGCUCAUGGCCGCGGGCAAGAUCCGGGCCUGGGGCGUGUCCAACGAGACGACGUAUGGGGUGGCGACGUUCUGCGCGAUGGCCAAGCUCAAGGGCCUGCCGCCGCCCGCGUCCAUCCAGAACGACUACAGCUUGUGCGACCGGCGCUUCGAGACGGAGCUCGCCGAGGCCUGCAGCCCGCUCCACGGCGACGUGGGCCUCGUCGCCUACGGCGUCCUCUGCGGCGGCACGCUCGCGGGCAAGUACAGCUUCGGCCGAAAGCCUCCGGGCGAGGCGCGCCACAAGAACAUGCCGGGCUUCCAGAGCCGCUACACGUCCGCGGCGACGCUCAAGGCCGCCGAGGACUACGAGGAACUGGCCAAGGCCCACGGCAUGACCGUGCUCCAGCUGUCGCUCGCGUACGCGUACUCGCGGCCCUUCCUCGCGACGGCGAUCCUCGGCGCGCGCGACCCGCCCCAGCUCGAGGCCCAGCUCGAGGCGCUGGACCACGUGGCGAAGAUCACGCCCGAGCUCUGCCGGAAGAUCGACCGCGUCCACCACGUCUGCCCGAACCCGAACUACUCGGACACGCACAGCCAGUUCUACCCCGUCUAA